UGUUUUAUUGUGAUUGUGGUGAUUGAUCAUUUGUUUGAAUAAAAUCACAAUAAAACCACAAAACAGCAUCAAAGAAGCGAAGGUGAUAUUAACUGUUUCCAAUUAAAAUGGAAAUGCCAACAUCACAUUUAGCUGCUGCGUUAAUGUCGGGUAACAGUACGUUCAACAUUCCACAAACAGAAUCUCAAAAUAUUGCUGCCGACAAUGCCACUGAUGAAAAGAAGGAGAAACCAAAUGAAGUCCCAAAAGGACCCCCCUAUGAAGAUAAAGAAGAACUUGCAAGUGGAGAAGACUUUUCGGAUGAGGAGUCUGAAGCUCAGCCUGGCAGUAAGUCCAUGCCAGGUAGAGGUGUGACAUUACAAAUGCUUUUGGAAGAAAAAAUGUUGGAGCCUGGUACUGCAGCAAUGACCAUUGAAUAUUUGGGGCAAAAAUUUGUGGGAGACCUACAGGCUGAUGGUAAAAUAAAAUCCCAUGAAACAGAAACUAUUUUUUGCUCACCAUCAGCUUGGGCCAUUCAUUGCAAGAGGAUAAUUAACCCGGAUAAAAGAUCUGGCUGUGGUUGGGCCUCUGUGAAAUAUAAAGGGAAGAAACUGGACACAAUCAAAGCCACUUAUCUCCGAAAGAAACAAUUGCAAAGGGAAAAUAUGCACACAGAUGAAGAAACAGAAAUGGAAGUAGAAAGCCCCCCAGAACCUCCACCGCAAAGAGUUGUGAUGAAACAUAACACUGUUCCAAACAGAAUGAUGCAGCAUGACGCGAAUUUGCUUAUUGAAGCUGUAUCGUUCUCAUCCGCUGGAAAAGUGCAACCAUUCUUGGUGACAGUGAGUUCUAACGCUCUACUUGUUCUUGACAUUCACUGUCACUUAAAAAAAGAGGAAGUGUAUGGCUACCUUGCAGGAACUUGGGAUCUCAAUAAUCAUAAUAUAAUGAUAACACACACAUUUCCUUGUCUGAUAAGUAAAAACGACAAGAGGCCUAGGGUUUUUGUUGAACUGGAAAUUCAAAUGGAGAUUGAAAAGCUGGGACUAACACUAUUAGGAUGGUAUCACUCUCAUCCGACAAAUCCUGCAAUGCCAAGUUUAAGGGAUUGUGACAACCAGUUAGAAUAUCAAAUUAAAAUGAGGGGUCCUUCAGAAAUAUCGUACAUUCCUUGCAUAGGAGUGAUUUGUUCCCCCUACAAUCCAGAAAGCCCAGUUUUGGAAUCUUCUCUAACAUUUUUCUGGGUAAUGCCACCGCCAGAGCAGCGCCCUACAGAAUACCCCCGGCCCUUGUUGCUGCAAUACAAUAUGGUCAACGAUAGCCAUUUAUCAACACACGCCAUGGAGGAAAUAAAGAAAAGCAUUAAAUAUUAUUUAACAUACGCAGAUGACGCAUUUGUUAAUUUUAAGGAUAGUUACAAGCCAGAUAUAACUUAUUUAGAUAAGUUAAAGUGUACAUUAACACCCAAGUUCCCGCGCGAACAGAGCGAUGGGUUGCUUUGGCAUUUUAUCAGAGAUGAGCUAGGUCAAAGAACAGCUCAAGAAACAAAAGGAUGGAAUCUGUUCCGGGAGAUCCCGGUGAAGAAGGAGAGUGGGUCCAUGGUGACGUACGCUUGGGUGGACAUUGGGGUCAAAUUUAUUAAAUUUUUGGCCUAUAUUGUCACAUUCAUCACUGUAUUAGGAUCCGCAGUAAUUUCUAAGGGCACUUUGCUCUUUAUCACUUCUCAGUUAAAAAAAGAGAGGCACAUAAGCCAUUGCAAUAAAGCAUUAGCAUUAGAUCAGCAGUUUAUAACAGUCCAUACCUUGGAAGAGCGGAUAACAUGGCUCUGGGCUGCGUUUAUAGUAUUCUCAUUUCCAGAGGUGGGCUUGUUUCUCAGAAGUGUAAGAAUAUGCUUUUUCAAAACUGCCAGGAAACCUGAAAUAGGACAUUUUCUUGUGGCCUUCAUAGUAGAAACAUUGCAAACAAUCGGACUGGCAAUGCUUGUGCUCAUAAUAUUACCCGAACUGGACGUCGUUAAAGGGGCUAUGUUAAUGAACGCAGUUUGCGUUGUGCCUGGCAUACUCAACGCGUUCGCGAGAAACAGCGCCGAGCCUCGGUAUCCUAUAAUGUUGAUACUGGAUGUCUUGGCAAUCUCCGCUCAAGUCACAGCCUUUGUGGUUUGGCCUCUUCUUGAUGGGAGCCCGGCGUUGUGGUGCAUACCGGUUGCAUGUCUUUUGAUUUCGCUUGGAUGGUGGGAGAAUUUUGCAGGAUCCAUUAGUAAACACACUUCAUAUUCUAUGAUCUAUCUCUGUGAGCUACGAGACGGUAUCAAGAGGUCUCGGUAUUACACUCAGAGGAUAUUAACGAUUUGGAAAAUGGCUGUUUUCAUGAUCUGCAUUUUGAUUUCAUUAAAAGUUCAAGACGAUGACCCCUUAACUUUCUUUACUCGUGCGAGCGAAGCUUUUGGGGACCGUCUAUACACAGUGCAUGAAAUACAAGUUAUACUUCAAGAUCUUUACCACGGAGCCUUAGACUAUGCGCUUACAGGCGGUAGUUUUAAACUAAACGUGACCUGGUCUUCUGCGUUGUGGGUAUCACUUAUUCAAAUAUUAAUGGGCUACGUAUGCUACCAGUCCGGAAAGUUUGCUUGCAAGAUUCUCAUACAAAAGUUCAGCUUUACAUUUGCGUUGAGCCUCGUUGGACCAGUGACAGUGAAUUUCCUCAUUUACUUUUGUGGAAAAAGGAAUGCAGAUCCGUGCGCUUUUCGGGACACUAUACCGGACUAUUUGUUCUUCAACAUACCUCCAGUGUAUUUCCUCAAGGUGUACAUCGCGCAGGAGAUGGUGUGGGUGUGGCUGCUGUGGCUGGUGUCGCAAGCGUGGGUCGCGAUGCACGCGUGGCGGCCGCGCUGCGAGCGCGUGGCCGCCACCGACAAACUGUUCUCCAGGCCUUGGUACUGCGGCCUGCUGGUCGACCAGUCGCUGUUGCUCUAUAGGGCUAAAGACGAUGACCACGAGUUGCAGGUCGAGGAUUUCAGAGACUACGAGGAUGCAGACAAAAUAUCGAAUGCUAGUUCGAUUAAAGUAGUGAAAGAUAUUAAACCUUCCGAUUCGAUCACCAGGAUUUACAUAUGCGCAACGAUGUGGCACGAAACAAAAGAAGAAAUAAUGGAGUUCUUGAAGUCUAUUAUUCGAUUGGACGAAGAUCAAAGUGCGCGACGGGUUGCUCAAAAAUAUUUGGGUAUUAAUGAUCCAGAUUAUUACGAACUUGAAGCUCACAUUUUCAUGGAUGACGCUUUCGAAGUAUCCGACCAUAGCGCAGAAGAUUCCCAAGUGAAUCGGUUCGUCAAAUGUCUAGUGGAUUCAGUAGAUGAAGCUGCUUCUGAGGUUCAUCUGACUAAUGUCCGACUUCGGCCGCCGAAGAAAUAUCCAACACCUUAUGGCGGGAAAUUGGUUUGGAUUCUACCGGGCAAGAACAAAAUGAUCUGCCAUUUGAAGGACAAAUCCAAGAUUAGACACAGAAAGCGAUGGUCACAGGUAAUGUACAUGUACUAUUUCCUCGGACACCGUCUGAUGAACCUGCCUAUGUCGGUGGACCGCAAGGAGGUCAUAGCAGAGAACACGUAUCUACUCGCUCUCGACGGGGACAUAGACUUCAAGCCUUUAGCUGUUACUUUACUGAUUGAUCUUAUGAAAAAGGACAAAAAUUUAGGGGCUGCAUGUGGGCGAAUUCAUCCAGUUGGGUCAGGGUUUAUGGCGUGGUACCAAAUGUUCGAAUACGCAAUAGGCCAUUGGCUACAAAAGGCGACCGAACACAUGAUUGGCUGCGUACUCUGCAGUCCUGGAUGUUUCUCGCUGUUUAGAGGAAAAGCUCUGAUGGACGACAACGUUAUGAAAAAAUAUACCUUAACUUCCAGUGAGGCGAGACAUUACGUGCAAUACGAUCAAGGGGAAGACAGAUGGCUUUGCACGCUGCUAUUACAACGAGGCUAUAGAGUGGAAUACUCUGCGGCGUCAGAUGCGUACACUCACUGCCCAGAGAGGUUCGACGAGUUCUUCAACCAGCGGCGUCGAUGGGUGCCCUCGACUAUGGCUAACAUAUUCGAUUUGCUGGCCGACUCCAAACGGACGGUCCAAGUCAAUGACAAUAUCUCCUCACUCUAUAUAAUUUAUCAAAUGAUGUUGAUGCUGGGUACUAUCUUGGGGCCGGGAACCAUCUUCCUCAUGAUGAUAGGAGCAAUAAACGCCAUCACCGGUAUGAGUAACAUCAACGCGCUCUUACUCAACUUGGCUCCGAUCCUGCUUUUCCUCAUCAUUUGUAUGACGUGCAAAUCGCAAGUACAGCUUCAAGUAGCUAACAUCAUAACUUGUAUAUACGCCAUGGUGAUGUUGAUGGUGAUAGUGGGCGUGGCGCUGCAGAUAGUGGAGGACGGCUGGAUGGCGCCGUCCAGUAUAUUCUUCAUAGCAACCUUCAGCAUAUUCUUCGUCACCGCAGUUCUCCAUCCCCAAGAGAUCCUGUGUUUGGCGUACCUCGUUGUUUACUACAUCACGAUCCCGAGCAUGUACAUGUUGCUUAUUAUCUACUCGCUGUGCAAUCUCAACAACGUCACAUGGGGAACUCGGGAAGUGGCACAGAAGAAGACUUUAAAGGAAAUGGAAAUGGGAAAGAAGGAAGCCGAGGAUGCUAAAAAGAAAAUGGAUAACCAGAGCAUCACGAGAUGGUUCGGCAAAUCUGAAGAACAGAGUGGUUCGCUGGAGUUCUCAAUAGCUGGGCUCUUCAAAUGUACGUGCUGUACCAACCCUAACGACCACAAGGAUGACUUGCAUUUGCUACAGAUCGCGACCUCGCUUGAGAAGAUUGAAAAAAGAUUAGACUCAUUAGGGGCAUCACCAGAGACCGAGAAAAUGCAACGCCGACGAUCUUCCAUGGGUCUGCGAGGCGACCCCUUAUGUAUCCUCCCGGAGUAUGAGGACAGUGAACAUUCCGCUGAUAUACCGAGGGAAGAAAGAGACGAUCUCAUCAACCCGUACUGGAUUGAAGACCCGAAUCUACAGAAAGGCGAAGUUGAUUUUUUGACGACAGCCGAAACGGAAUUCUGGAAAGAUUUAAUCGAUACGUAUCUUCGUCCCAUUGAUGAAAACAAGGAGGAACAAGACCGAAUAGCAACGGACUUGAAGAACCUGCGCGACACGAUGGUGUUCGCGUUCGUGAUGGUGAACUCGCUGUUCGUGCUGGCCAUCUUCCUGCUGCAGCUGCGCCAAAACCAGCUGCAUCUCAAGUGGCCCUUCGGCCAGAAGGUGCACAUCACCUACGACAACGAUGAAAACCUCGUGCAAAUCGAUCGUGAAUACUUGAUGUUGGAGCCGAUUGGAUCAGUUCUGAUUAUAUUCUUCGGAUCAGUGAUGGUCAUACAAUUCACUGGCAUGUUGUUCCACCGUUUCACGACCAUCACUCAUUUGCUGGCCACGAUUGAGCUCAACUGGUACUUCACAAAGAGGGCCGACGAUUUAAACGAAGACGCCCAAUUUGAAAGGCAUGCCGUGGAAAUUGCAAAGGACCUACAAAAGUUGAACGUGGACGAUUUAGAGAGGCGAGGAGUUGACGAGACCAACGUGUCGCGACGCAAGACACUCCACAACCUUGAGCGAGCGCGGGACAACAAACAGAGUGUCAUCAAUCUCGACGCCAACUUCAAGAGAAGACUCACUAUACUUCAUAAUGCUGAUCCUGAUAUGGUAUCCCAGAUACCAUCACUCGGAGGUAACACUGCGUCCCGACGCGCGACCCUACGAGCGUUGAUGACCAGAAGGGACUCGGUGCUGGCGGAAAAGCGACGCUCGCAAGUCGCUAGAGACUCUGCCGCAGGAUACAUUUACGAUGAACCGACCACUCCGAUGGCGGGCGGGUCUUCAAUGGGCGCGUAUGUCAACAAGGGCUAUGAGCCUGCCCUCGACAGUGACGACGACAUGACGCCGCUGCCGCGCCGCAGCAACGUGCGUUUCCGCGACGCCUCCUACACGCUGCCCGAUAACGACAACCACAUGCUCUUCUAGCCUUACUACAGUGUAACCGAAAUGCAAUAACGUCAAAGUAAAAUAGACUUAAAGAGCCUUGAUUUAAGUCAAAAAUUCACUAACCCGCGUUCGUCAGCGACGACGACAUGCCGCGGCUGCCGCACCGCUUCCACGACACCUUCUGCCCGAUACACCUUACUACAAUGUAAUUAAACACAAUAAUGUCAGAGUAAAAUGGACUUAAAGAGUAUUGUUUUAAAGCCAUAAAUUCAAUACCACCGAUUUUAAUUUCGAUAUAUUUCCUCUUUGAGCAAUCGUUGUAAAUGUGUGGACAAACUUGAGCUUUACAACAAGUGUUUAAGGUCCAUUUUACUUUAACACUGAAGUGUUUGUGCGCUCAAUUGUAUUAAUGUUGAUGAGGUGUAAUAUCUCAUACUAAGCCUGGAAUGUAACUUUAGCUUUGAGUAAUUAACGUCUAUUUCAGUGAUAUGUGUAUUUACCUAUAUUAAAAUGUGACUGCAAGAGCGAUUUCUGUAUUUCAAAAUUAAUCGUUAAAAUAAAACUAUUUAUGAAUC